AUGCCCGACGGCAGCUUCGCCCCGUCCGCCGUCCUCCCCGCCGCAGCGAUCCCGCACCCAGGCCAGCUCCCCGACGCCGACGCCGACGCCGACGCCGACGCGCGGAUCCGCCGCCAGUACGAGGCCUACGCCGGCGGCCGCGAGCACGCCUACUACGGGCUCAAGCCCGCCCACUUCACCGCCCUCCUCGAGCAGGAAUUCCCCGCCCUCCGAGACGCCACCUACCUCGACCACGCCGCCUCCCCGCCCGCGCCCCCGCUCUCCCUCCUCACCGCCCUCCCCCGCGCCCUCGCCCACACCCUCCUCUCCAACCCGCACUCCCUCCACUCCCCCUCCGCAGCCUCCACCGCAUCCCGCAUCGCCGCCGCCCGCACCCGCCUCCUCGCCACCCUCUUCGCCCUCCCGCCCGCCCAACACCCCGAGUGGCUCCUCGUGUUCACCGCCGGCGCGACCGCGGGGUGCCGCCUCGUCGCAGAGGCCUUUGACUGGCGCCGCGGCGAGGACGAGCACGGGCCGGGGGACCGCGCGCAGUUCGUGUAUACGAAGGAGGCCCACACGAGCGUCGUCGGCAUCCGCGGCGUCGCCCUCCGCGAGCACGCCCCCGUCUACCCGCUCGACCUCGCCCAAACCGAAGCCUGGAUCGACGCCGCCGCCGCCGCCGCCUCCUCCUCGCCCACCCCCGCGUCCGCCGCCGCCGCCGCUGCUGCCGCGGGCCUCCCCUCCGCCCACGCCCGCACCCGCACCCUCUUCGCCUUCCCCGCCCAAUGCAACGCCACCGGCCGCCGCCUCGACGCCCACGCGCUCACCGCCGCCGUCAAGCGCGCCCACCCGCGCGCCCGCGUCCUCAUCGACGCCGCCGCCCUCCUCGCCACCGGCACCCUCGACCUCGCCGCCGUCCCCAUCCACGAGGCGCCCGAUUUCGUGGUCGCGAGCCUGUACAAGCCCUACGCCUACCCCACGGGCCUCGGCGUGCUCCUCAUCAAGCGCACCGCCGUCAGCGCACUCCGCCGCACAGGCUACUUUGGCGGCGGCACCGUCGACGCGCUCUCCGUCUCCACCCCCGCCUUCGCAAUCCCGCGCGGCACCCCGCGCGCCCACCUCCCCUCCCACCUGCCUUCUCCCGCUCUACCCCCACUCCCGCCCCCACCCCCACCCCCAUCCUCUCCCCCCUCGCCCUCCACACCAACCGCCGCCGAUCCACCCCCACGCCCACCACCACCAGCAGCAGACGACACGCUCUCAGACCCCGACGCCCUCCACGCGCGCUUCGAGCCCGGCACCCUCCCCUUCCUCGAGAUCGCAGCCCUCGGCCCCGCAAUGGACGCCCACGCCCGCCUCUUCGGCUCCCUCGCCCGCGCCGGCGUGCACGCAGCCGCACUCGCAGCCGCGUGCGCGCGCGAGAUGCGCGCGCUCAGGCACGCGAACGGGAGGCCCGUGUGCAGGGUGUACGGCGCGAUGCCGCCGCCGCCGCCGUCGUGCCCGCCUACGUCCACGUCUACGUCCGCUUCCGGCUCCUCGACACCGCGCACCGCGUCGCCAUCGUCGUCGCCGCCGCCGUCGCCGGGCACGCGCUUCGUGCACGCGCACGGCGGGCCGACGCUCGCCUUCACGCUGCUGCGCGCGACGGGCGGCGCGGUGGGGCACGUCGAGCUCGCGCGCCUCGCCGCGCUGAACGGCGUGCACCUGCGCGCGGGCGCGCUGUGCAACCUCGGCGCGGUCGCGGGCGCGCUGGGGCUCUCGGACGCGGAGAUCGCGGGGAACGCGCGGGCUGGGGGGGUUUGCUGGGACGAGGAGGAGUUUGGUGGGGGCGCCGGUGAGGAGGGCGAGGGCGAGGGGGACGGGGCGGGGGGGAAGAAGCCGACGGGGAUCGUGAGGGUUAGUUUUGGGGCGUCGAGUACGGUUGAGGACGUGCAGCGGUGGGUGCGCUUUUUGAGGAGGUUCUGGACUGUUGGGCCGGAGGCGCUGCAGCAGCAGCAGCCAUCUCUCGCCGAGCCGGGAGAGGCGGAGGGCACAGGUGACACCGAGACGGACACGGACACCGGCGCGUCAGGCAUGGUCCUCGGCGACCUAGUCGUAUACCCAAUCAAGUCCUGCGGCGGCAUCUCGAUCCCGCGCGGCACGCGCUGGCCCGUCGAGCCCCACGGGCUGCAGUACGACCGCGAGUGGAUGCUCGUCGACCCCGCGACGGGCCGCGCGCUCUCGCAGAAGCGCCACCCGCGCAUGUGCCUCGUGCGCCCCGCCGUCGACCGCGCGCGCGGCGUGCUGCGCGUGCGCGCGGGCGCCGCGCCCGACGCGGAGGAGGUGUGCGUGCCGCUCGCGGCGCCGACGGAGCAGGAGCAGCGGGAGCGAGGGAAGGAGGCAACGCAGGGGGCGGAGCGCGGGUCGGUGGGCAGGGUCUGCGCGGACGUCGUGCGGCCGCUGCGCUAUCCCGACUCGGACGCCGACCGCCUCCUCACCGCGUUCCUCGGCAUCCCCUGCGCGCUCGCGCGCCUCCCGCCGUCUCCCCCGGCGUCGCACGCGCACGCGCACACCGGGGCAGGGGCAGGGGCAGGGGCAGGGCGGCACGCGCAUUUCCCGGGCCAGGCGGGCGCGGCGGGCGUGAUGGGCGCGACGCCGGUGCCGAUCCUGCUGUCGAACGAGAGCCCGUUUUUGCUGCUCAACGAGGCGAGCGUGGACGCCGUCAACGCGUGGCUCGCGGAGGGUGCAGGCUCGCACGCCGACGCCGACGCCGACGCCGAUGGGCCGACGACGAUCAAGACGUCGUGCUUCCGCGGGAACCUCAUCCUCCGUCCGCGCGCCACGCGCGCCCCGCCUACGCCAUCCGCCCCUCCCCCCUCGGGCCCCCCGCGCGCCCCGCGCGCCCUUCCCGCACUCGCGUUCGCCGAGGACGCGUUCGACCUCGUGCGCGUCGGCACGCAGGUGUUCCAGGCGCUCGCGCCGUGCCGGCGCUGCCAGAUGGUGUGCGUCGACCAGGACACGGGCGCGCGCGCGCGCGAGCCGUACAACGUGCUGAGCGUGCGCCGGCGCGACGCGCGCGGGCGCCUCUUGUUCGGGGUGCACGUGAUGCACCGCCGCGAUCUGAGCGCGGCGCCGUAUGAGGUGGGCGCGGGCGAGCGGGUGGUGGUGAUGUGA